AUGCGUUCGACUAUUAUUUCUCUUGCCAUCCUUAUGACAAUUGCGUCCAGCUAUUCAGUCGAGGCAUCUUUAGGAGACGCUGCACAUCACACUGGAGGCUCUGUUUCUGGCGCUGUUAGUCGUUUUGGUGGUCGCGACAAUGCUGCGCCCGCAGUAGCAAGCAAACUGGAAAGAAGAUCCUUUACUUCUCGCAGUAGAGCCAUCACUCGCGCUAAGCUUCAACGCCGUAAUAGCUCUCUAUUGCCUGAUAUUGUUCUACCAUCUAUCACAUCUGCUCAACCAUCUUCUCCUGCUGUUGCUCGCCCAAUCCCUCAAGCCGUAUCUUACCCUGCUGCUGCUGCCGCUGCUCCUGUUUCUCAAAGUUAUUACAUACCUCAGCCAGAAGCACAAGGCUACACAACCCCACAACAAGCUGCUGCCUCUCCAAAUUACACGCCUCAAAAACAACAGCAAGCAGCACCAGCACUAGCACCACCACCCUAUUAUUACACACCUCAAGUGCAACAGCCAGCAGCUACUGUACCUGCCACUCCUAAGCUCACACUGCCUACCCUUAUACAGCCAGCCAAAGAAAAGGAAAAUGACAACGAUGAUAGUGACGAUGAAGAAGAGGAAGAUGAGGAUGAAGAAGACGAGGAAGAUUAUGAUGCAGAUGACCUUGUCACUCGUCGUUAA